AUGCUGAUUGGCCGUCCACGCAAUAUGGGUAAUUCUCUGGGAACGAGAAUGAAUUCUCACUCUAUUUAGAUUAUCAGUAUCGGGUAGCAAAAUUAUUCUCUGUGAUUUUUACAAGGAAAACAUACGCACCCAAGAACUCACCAGACAACAUUGUAUUUCGAUCUGACUUUUAAUUUUAAAAAAGCAUUUUUUACAAGAAUUUGAGAUGUUGAUGUGAGAUAUGUGGAUUCCGAAGCCGAUGAUGGUAGUAUUAUUUGGAAGUUGAUAUUUGGAAGGUCCCAAGAACAUUCCUCAGAAAAUGCUCAUUUCACUGUUUCUACUGUGUACGUUGUUUUGGAAACUAUCAUCCAAUGAGGGCUUGCAAGAAAUCAAAGCCUCUGGUGACGUUAUAAUUGGUGGAUUACUUCCGCUUCAUGUAAGAACAUCUGAUGACAAGUGCGGGGCAUUUUUCCGGUAUGGACUUGAUUACGUAGAAGCCAUGACGUAUGCUAUAAAUAGAAUCAACAAUGACGUCACCAUCCUACCAAAUAUCACCAUUGGAUACCACAUAAAAGACUUCUGCGAUAGUCCAUCUUUGGCGAUGAAAGGAGCUUACGAGUUUGCUACGAAUAACACUUUACGAACAUUAGCCGAUGACUUCACGAAAGUGUCCGGGAACGUCACGUAUGACUGCCGAAAUGGAAGCAAGCUAAAAAGUGGUGACGACAAGAUGCCGCCGACGUCUGCUAUUAUUGGUCCUGUGGACUCAAGUAGUUGCCUGUUGGUUGCAAAUCUUCUCGACGUCGUAAACAUACCCGUUAUAACCCCCUUUGCGACAAGCGAGGAACUGAGCGAUGGCCUUGGCUCGUUCUUCCGGACAGUCCCUUCGGACAGCGAGCAAGCCAAAGCAAUGGCCGAUAUCAUAGACUAUUUCAAAUGGGAAUAUGUCGCCGUGGUUGCGGUGGAUCACUCGUAUGGACGAUAUGGAGUCCGCGCACUGGAACGCGAGUCUUUCGCGCGCGGGACGUUCUGUCUCGCGGUUACUGAGUUUUUCCCAAGCUCCGGGUAUGAAGAGAAAAUCAAGACAAUCAUCAGGAAUCUUAAAAGACGACCGAAUAUCCAAGUGGUCAUCCUGUGGAGCACGUAUACCCCUGGUCUGGGGGUACUGAAGGAAGCGGCAAGGCAGCAUCUCCACGGAAGGGCAUGGCUGAUCAGUGAGGGCGUGGCCAUGCAGGGGCCGAGAUUCUUUGACGAGAAGGAGGCUGCUGUGGUGGAUGGGUUUAUUGGCAUAGUGCACCCGAGAUUUGAUGAAAAGGAGUUUGUGCAACACCUCAGGGCCAAAGAACAAAAGACAGAACAAGACACAGAUCCAGGUAACCCCUGGUGGUCAGAGUAUUGGAAAUUGAGACGAUCACAGAACGACACCCUUGUGCCAUAUGCAGGGUACGGCCACGUGUUUGCCACGCCAACUGCCCCAAGUACAGACGGGAAGGACAAGGAGACCUCUACACACCUAUCCUACAGCUCAUACCUUAUCAACGCCGUCUACGCCAUCGCGCAUGCGCUAGAUGAUAUGUACCGCUGUAAAAACGACACAAAACGCGGGCAAAAAGGCUGUCCGGAUCUUUCACCAUUUAUUGAUCCUAACGAUUUGACAAGGUAUAUAAGGAAUGUGGAGUUCAGAAGACUCAACCAAUCAGUGAGCUUUAAUGAGCAUGGAGACCCACUGAGGUCAUCGUAUGACGUCAUUAACUUCCAGCUUGCACCCGGGAGUCAGAAGGGAGCAAAGUACACGAAGAUUGGCACGUGGCGGGAGGAUGCAAGUAGGCAGUUACAGAUUGACGAUACUUUGGUGCAAUGGAAAAAAGAGGGGAUAGAAGGAGUCCCUGUCUCGGUCUGCCGUGCCCCGUGUCCCCCCGGAACUCAUCAAACAACUGCAGUAUCCUGCUGUUGGGAAUGCAUCCCAUGUCAGGAGGGUGCAGUGAACCCAUACACAGGGAGCCCAAAUUGCACAGCGUGCCCACCACUUAAGAAGUCCAACACUAAACGGACCGACUGCGUUGAUCUGCCGUUGAUAAAUAUCCGGUGCGAGGACCCCUCGGGGGUCGUGUACCUCAUCCUGUCCAUUCUAGGAAUCACUGCUGUUAUCUGGGUGGCUUGGGUCUUCGCUAGCUACAAGCAUACCCCUGUAGUCAAGUCAGCCAGCAAGGAGCUCUGCUUUCUCCUAUUAUCCUCCAUAGCCCUCUGCUUCGCUCUGACGUCAUUGCACGUGUACAUACCCUCUGACGUCAUCUGUAUGAUUAUCCAGCCUGGAAAGUACCUUUCCCACACGUUUAGUGUCUCCGUCUUGCUCGUGAAGACAAACCGCGUUGUCCGUCUUUUCUCCCUUGGGUCUUUCGCGGGAUGGUUUAAGCGUAUUUCCAUGGAGACCAAGUCUCAGUUUCUACUGUUGACCUUCCUUAAUGGCGUCCAGAUAGCAUUCGCAACCAUGUGGCUAACCCUUGACCCUCCGAGGCAAAAGGUCAAAGUUCAAUUUAAUAGUCACAUGUGGUACACGUGCGCAUACCUUGAUAACCGCAUGCAUAAGAUACUUGAGGGGACCAUGCUCAUCUACUUGUGCUUUAUCUCGCUAUUCUGUACCUUCUAUGCCUUCAAGGCCAGGAAACUCCCAGAAAACUAUAACGAGACUCGCUACAUCGGCUUUGCAAUGUACAUCCUCAUUAUCUCUUGGGUGACUUCAUUUCCGGUUAGGGCAUCUCUCGAUGGGACAUACCUCACCCACAUAGCGUGCGCCACGUCACUGGUCAGCGCCUAUGGAAUCCUCGUUUGCAUGUUCGCGCCAAAACUGUACAUAAUACUAUUGCAUCCCGACAAAAAUACGCAGGAGGUGGUCAAGGCUAUACUCACGGACUAUUCCAUCAGAAGUGCCAGCAAAGCCAAUAUCACGGGCAGUAAAGCGAGCAUAGCAUCCACAGCUCAGUAAGGUACGUCUAGGGAGUCUUCCAGGUUCGUAGAGUUGCCUGGGACGGUGAGGGUGCACAGGCCCGUAGACAUGAUUUUGAGCUGGGUGGUUCGUUUUUCCAUUUCAGCGGACCAAAUUUCCGGUAUGCAAUCAAUAAUUCAAAUCAAUAGGGUGCUUGCUGAACAUAUAGCGAUAAUAAUUAAGAUAAUUAUUAUAAAAAGACUUAUUGAUAUCCACGGUUUAUCCAUCCAAACGUUAUAUUCUUUGUUUACUCUGGGCGGACCUUCAAGCCAGUUUUUUUUUGUGGGGGUGAGGGGGGACCCCAAACCCCCCUGGCUACGGGCCUGACACUCCACACAAACACAAUCUCUAUAUCGGCAAUGAGCUGGCAAAAAAAAAAAUUAAACAAAUAUGCUUAAUCUAUUUGCUAGUUUUCCAUUUUGAGACCCAUGAAUGCAUCCGCCGCGUUUACUUAGCCGACACAUCAAACAGCGGCCGCCAUCAUCUAAACCUUUUUUAUUCAAAUCAAUUGGUAAAUACGAAAAAGAUGCAGUGAAAAGCGCGUAUCAACUCUUGAUACGCAAAUAUUAUUAACAUAGACUUUUUUACUUGUCGGCUUAGAGGAGUGAAAAUGCACCCUAGCCCAAGAUGGUCUGACCGGGCUUCCUGUGGUUGGUAUGAACUCGUUCCAGAUCAUAGCUAACAUUUUUCGCCUUCGAAGACAGGUAUCCCGGUAAGAACACUUGGGACUACGUAGAAAAAUAAGUUUGCGAUGAUGGCUGUAUAUUUCAAUUAUUUUCAAUUAGUUCCGCGGAUAAUUAGAUGUAAACUGCGGUACUAUGUUUAAUCGUUCUUGCUUUCUCUAUUUCUGAAUAUAUUUAAACAUACGAGAAAAAUUACAAUAAAAAUAAAAAUGCAAA